AUGUCGUGUGUUAGCUUUACAACUGAAGUCAACGCCAUACAAGGAAAGAACUUUGGAAGUAAACAAAAUAAAAGAGGCAAUACAACACAUGUUCAGCCCUCGCGUAAAAACACUCGCACACCUUCAGAGCAAGUGUCAAAUUGUUCAACAUGUGCCACUAACUCUAGAAAAAAUCCAAAGGAGCCAUUAUUAAUGAUGGAAAAUCCGAACAGGCCAUGGUCUGUUAUUUCCGCUGACAAAUUUGAAUUUCAAGGACAUAACUAUUUGGUCACGAUUGACCAUUAUUCAAAGUGGCCGGAGUUGUCCAAAUUAGACAAUAUGAGUAACAAGAACACUAUGUUAUAUCUCAAAAGCCAAAUGUCGAGAUAUGGCAUCCCUGACAAGCUCAUUACAGACAACGGUCCACAGUUUGCUAAUGAGGAGUUCAAGAAAUUCUCAAAGACAUAUGGAUUCGAACAUACAACAUCAAGUCCCAGAUAUCCGCAGGCGAACGGACAAGCUGAAAGAACUGUGCAGACAGUGAAAAACAUAUUAAAGAAAUCUGAGGAUCCAUAUAAAGGCUUGUUAGCUAAAAGAAAUAGUCAUUGA